GCCAAUUAGGCUAGUAAAGUGACUCUGGGCAAGAUUAGAUGUUCCAGGAAAUGAAUCUGCUCUAUAUAAACGUCAUGUACUCUUCAGUUCGCGGCCUCACUGGCGAUCCUGAAAUCGAGCAUCGUCUACUCCUGAAAUUUACAUAGGUACAAAAUAUUAACAAAGGAAAUCAAAAUGCUGACGACUUCCCUCCUCAUGUUCGCGUUCGCCGCGACUGGUAUCGCCCAGGCCCCUGAAGGUUACCGUACCGUAUAUAUCACAUCCAUGGUGAACUCCAAGUUCGUCUUGGUCCCCAAAACCGCUACCAGCGGUAGCACUCUGGUAAUUAAGACCGCUGCCCAGACCGCCGAGCAACAAUGGUACAUCGGGAGUGGCAACACGAAGAUCCAGCUAGCCGGCACUGAGUUGUGUCUGGAUGGAGGUGAAAAGGCCAACUGGAAGGACAUGGCCAACAUCUACAUUAAGGAGUGCUCUGAUACUGCUGACUCCCAGAAGUGGGUAGCUAUGCCAGACGGAAGAAUCGCCCUUGAGCUGUCGAGCCCACAGGAAUGCCUCGACCUCCAGUACAUGAGGGCCACUGAGAACAACCCGGUCGGUCUAUACAGCUGCGCGGGUCUAGGAAACACGGGUGCCGCAGACAAGGGCAUCAACUGGCCCCUUGCCAAUGCCACUACCCCAUAGAGUCGGGGACCACCGAAUUACUUAUUACUCAAGCUUUGGGCAUAUGAAGAGCUCUCGUCUAUGGUCGGAUAGACUAGGAGUAUUGACUCUAGG